GCACCUUCUCAGUACUAAGGACACACCUCCAAAUGUACAAGUUUUAGAGCAGACGUAUGAGCAGCCUAACACGCAUACCAGUACUCUAUUGACAGAUGAAAUGCAGCAUCAUUUUGGUCUGUAUUGUGAUGGGAUCACCUUUGAAUUUGUAACUUUGGAGCAUGGCUAUCUUUGGAGAAAAUGAAUGUUUUUAACACCAAAACAAUAUGAAGAAAAUGGAAAACUGACUGCAGAUACAUAACAAAAAAAAUGAAUAUAGAAUGCAAAAGAGACAAAAUGGAAGGACAAAAGCAACUCGUGAGCCAAGUAGCUGAAGAUGUUAAGCAUCUUUGGGAAAAUAUGAGAAGAGAGAAAGGUAGAAUCAAAUAUUUGAAGAAAAAAGCGAGGCCUGACAUGCAGAGAGUAAUUUUUGAACCAGAUGAAAUCAGAGAAAUGUUGCAUAUGAUUAGAGAAGACACAAAACUUUGCAAGAAACACUUUUUUGAAGAAAAGACCCAAAUGAAAUGGAUGAGUUUUCAGGCUGAGAAAAGGAGAAAAAAGCUUGACCAGACGUUGGAGAGAAUAAUUCAAGAAAGUGAUCAGUUAGACAUUCUGAAGAAAAAAAUGGACCAGCAAAGACAAGAGACUGAAAAAAAAUGGAGAGAAAUAUUGACUUUACUUUUGAUUUCAGAAAAAAUAAAAAAUAAUUUAGAAAAGUCUACUGAGGAAAUUAGAAGCACAAAUGAGGAAAUGCUCAAAACCCAACAGAAGAUCAAAAAGAGCACUGAAAUAAAAACAUACAUGGACAGGUUGGCAUGCAUAAAGAACCAGAUCAACGAAUGGAAAUUGACACAGCUUCCAGUUACUUCCGGACUUCUGAAAGAAAAACUUGAAGGCAUCCAUAGAGAAGUAAGAUUAGAAAUUUUGACUGACACAGCAAAAAAAUCAGAUGCAGAAAAAAAUCCUUUGGAGAACAUUAGAACAUCAGAAGGUUAUGUAAUUGAAGAAAAGACAGAAAUCCAUGAGAAAUUUUUAAAACAUAUUAGUCAGAGAGAAUCAUUUCCACAAGAAAUACAGACAUUGGAAAAGCAGCUAUAUAAACUAAAUGAGCAAGAGGAAGUCUUAAAGGUGCAAAUUAAAACAAAUAUUAGAAAAUUGCAAGAUAAAACUCAAAAGAUGAAAAGUAUUGUCACAGAAUUAGAUGAAAUACAGUGUCAGAAGGAAGACGCUGAAGUUAUAAUCAGGGAAAUGGGGACUGGAGAAAGUAAACUGGUGCAGGAAGUACAACAGAGGGGUUAUCUGACGGAGAGAACAAAUGUUUUUAGGAAACAAAUAAUGCAGACUGACCUGGAAGAUCAGACAAAAACUACUAAUGUUGAGCAAAAACCUGAUAAAGUGGAAAAGUGGAAAGAAGAUCCUCAGGCACUUGAUAAAGAGACACAAGUAUGCUCUGAUGGAAAGUAUCUUCGACUCACUGAUUUACAAAGACUCUGGGCUGAGAUAUAUCGAACACAGCAAGUCAUAAAAUUGAUCAAACCAGAAAUUGGGUGCCAAGAUGGAACAGGUAAUGAGACCAAAGACCUUGUUGAUAAUGAAAUCAAGGGACUACUGCAAGAUCUCAGACAGUUUCGGAAGCUUUUGGAAAUGGAAGUGGGGCAGAAGAGACUGAAUCUCAAUGUAGAUACAUGCAUUCAGAAACGUACAAUGAAGAAAAAGAGAAGAGAACUGGAUUUUAAAUUGGAGAAUAUUUUACGAGAGAGGGAUGAAUUAGAAAUGCUAAAAACACAAAUACAAAGAAAAUCUGAAGGGACUCAGCGGCAGUUGGAAAAGAUUCUAAAAUGUCAAAAUGACAUUGAAAAAAUAGCUGGUAAGGCCAAGGAGAGAAGCAAACUAAUAAUGUGUAAUAUGAAAAAGAGUGAUGCUAAAGUAAGAAUGAUUGAAGACCUAAACAAGAAGAUUGAAGCUUCAAAACAACGCUGGAACGAAAUGUACCUUUCAACCUCUCAGCAUAAAGCUUUAACUGAAAAACUAAAGACUGAACUUGGACAUGAACACGAAAGAGAAUCUCUAUUUGAAAGAGAAAACAGAAAGAGAUCUGAGAAAUUUGCAAGGGACCAAUCAUUCACAAGUAAAAAAGCAACACAAGCUGAAGAAACAUUUGAAGAAUUAUUAGUACUCACACCACAUCAAGAAAGACUGACUGAGGAAAUAAAACUGAUAAUAAAUCAAUUUAAUCAUAGAAAAUGUAAUAGAGAGGAGCAAAACCUAGAACUAAGUGAAAGAGUGAUACAAGAGAUAUUAAGAAAAGUAAGUGAGAUGUUGGCACAAGAGACUGGAACUGAACAUAAUAAAAAGCCUUUGUUAAGUGAAACAAAUGAAAGACAAAAACAGCAAAUGACUGAAGGGCAGCACAGCAUUAAGACUAGAGAAAUAGGAGAAAUGGAGGUGCUGAAUACCGAGCUGGAAAUCAAAAGAAAAGAAAAUAAUGCCAUUUUAAAACAAAUGGUGAGAGAAGGGGAAAAGAAUGAAAGAAUGAUGAAUGAAAUAAAAGAAGCAAAGAUAUCAUUUAAGAGGGAGGUACAAAUAAGGAGGAGAGAACUAGACCAAACACUGGAGAAAAUCAGAAAAGAGAAGGAUGAAUUAGAGAUGUUGAAAUUAAAACUGAGACAGCCAAAGGCAGCAAUGUUCCAUGACAACCAAAAUGCACAAGAGCAGAGGACAGUUGUCUAUGUUUCGAGUGAAAAUGAACCAAAGGAUUUGGAAAAGAAUGGGUGGAAAAUCACAAACACCCAAUAUGAAACGUUACCCAUAUCACCAGGACUUAAAAGUACAAUCAAUAAUAUUCGAGACCUAGGAGUAAAGAUCUAUGGCUAUUUAGAAACACUUAAAAGUGAAAUAUGUCAAUUUCUCAAACAUCAAAAUGUUGAUUUAGACAAAAAGAGAGAAGUACUCACAGCAUUAACAGCUGAGAACAACACAGUAAAAGAAAACAUAAUCAGAAUCAAAUCCUUGAUAGGAACUGAGAAAAUGACCAAACAAGCUACAAGGGAUGUGGAUGAAACAUGGAAACUCAGGAAGGGUACGCAUAAGCAGGAGUGUAGGAUCAAAUCGUUCACAACUACACAAAAAGCACAAAAGCGAAAAGCAUUAAUGACUGAAAUGAUGACUGACGAAACAAAACAACAGAAACAGAAAAAAAGAAAGGAUGCUAAAGACCCAUUUGGAGAAAUUAAUAAAAAGAUAAAAACUGACAAUCUGGAAAAACAUGUGAAAACACACAUGGAAACUCUUCAAGUACUGAUGAAAGAGAUAACUGUGAAGAACAGAAAAAAAGGAACAGAGUUAUAUAAAAUUCAAGCAACUCAUAAAUCACUUUCAAACAUGUGUAUGGAAUUAGAAGUCAAUAGCGUGAAAUUGGUGAAACUGAUAGAUAUUAUAAAAAAUAUAAAAGAAAGGGUAUUACAACAUGAAAACCAUGUCCCUGCAACACGGAAAGAAAAGGCAGAAAUACCAAAGACCAAAAUAAAACAGAAAUUAGAAGAAGCCAACAGCUCAUUUGCAGAGACCAACAAAGAAAAAAUCAAGCUCGAUAUCCAGACAGAGCGCGCAAUACUGCAACAAGAAAAACAAGAUAUUCAAGAAGAAAGAGAGAGAAUAAACAUCACAGAGGCUGAACUAGACCAGAAGGCAGAAGAAGCCAGCAGUUGCUUGGCAGAGAUCAACAAAGAGAAAAUCAAACUAAAACAUUUGUCAGUUUCAGUCCAAAGAAAUCAUGAAAGACUUCAAGACAUCAUGUACACGAUUGCCAUAAAACAACAAGGCAGAGAGAGGAAAGAUCAUCUGUUCCAAACACAAACACAGGACCUACAAUCUAAAAGGCAUCAACUACAGAAAGAAAGGGAAGAGAUGCAGCUUUUGAUGACAACUGUUAGUAAGAUGAGAGAGUGGACUAAAGCUGCGAUGAUCACCACCCAAAAGGAAAAGCAGCAAGUGGAUUAUAGGAGGAUGCACAAGCCAGAAGAAGAAAUGCUUUCAAUCCAGAAUCUAGAACUUGAGAGAGAGAGGUCUGGGUUGACACCAAGAGAGGACAGUGGCUUGGAUGAAAGUCAAAUAACAGAACGUCAGCAAGGACAGAUCCAAUACAUCAAAGAGAAACUAAGGGAAAACAUCAAAGUGAAAAUGGUCCAGCUACAACAAAGGAUUGCAGGUGUAGAAAACCUCUCUGUUGGUUUGGGACAGAAGCUUCUUUGUCUUGUGGAACAGAAGGAAAAUGUGGCUGGUUAUAAAGAGGUAUUUGAAAGAGAAAAGAGAAUUCUGAAUCGUCUCCUUUGUGAUACACUAAAACAAAGAGAAGAUAUGGAAAACCGUUGGAAGCAAACAAUGAAUCGGGAAAAAGAAAAAGUUACUUCUCUUGAAGCAACCCUGAAAAAAGAAAAGCAGGACCUGGAACUAGAGAAAGAAAAGAUGUCGAAAGAUGAGCUGGUCUUGGAGCUGAUUAGGAAUGGCAUCCAGAAACAAAGUGAAAUAUUACAACAAGACAUUCAACAACAUGAGCAAGAGUUGGAAAGCACAAUGGUGGAACUGCACAAGAAGACAGAAGAAACCAAGAAUCUCUUUGAUGGAAUCAAAAAAGAGAAAUCUAAACUCAAAGAUCUUAACCUUUGUCUGAAAACACAAGGCGAUCAACUGAAGGUUCUCAUGAACGCAAUCAGUUCAAAACCACAAGAACAAGAAGGAAAAGGCCCAGGAAUUCUCACACAAACACAAAAUCUGGAUCUCUGUAGGAAAAAAAUACAGGAGAAAAGACAAGAGCUGGAGGUUUUGAUGAAGAAUGCUAACAGCAUGAAGGAAAAGGUUAAAGAUUCCAUGAGCAGUGUCCAUAAAGACAUAGAACAAAUGAUCUCCAUGAAGAAGAACAUUGGAAAAGACAGAGAGAAACUGUCAAGUGAGAAGAAGCGCCUGGAAAGAGAAUUGUCAGAGUGCAAAAUGAGACAAGAGGAACUCUUGGAUGUAAUGAAGUCAACAGCAAACCUAAGACUAACACUACAAGGAGUAAAAGACAAAGUGUGUGACUUGACCAAUGUUAAAAUGAGAAGAUUACACAAAGGUCAUGAAGAUGCACAGUUAUUAUGUAUUUCACUGGAGAAGAAUGUUUCAACUAUUGGUGACCAGAUGAAAACACUAACUCCUUACAAAGAGGUAGUUGAAAGAGAAAAGAUCAAUCUAACAGCCAUCAUGUCUUCCAUGAGGAAUCAAAAAGAAGUGAUGGAACAUCAAUGGAAGCAAAUGGUGGACAUGGAUAAAAAAGAUCUAAACAAAAGGAAGGAAGAACUGAAACGGGAAACACAGAAUCUGCAAAGAGUGGCUGACAAAGUAGACAAAGAAAAAGAGGCCUUGGAAGUGACGAUGUCCAACAUCCAGACAGAGCGCGCAAUACUGCAACAAGAGAAACAAGAUAUUCAAGAAGAAAGAGAGAGAAUAAACAUCACAGAGGCUGAACUAGACCAGAAGGCAGAAGAAGCCAGCAGUUGCUUGGCAGAGAUCAACAAAGAGAAAAUCAAACUAAAACAUUUGUCAGUUUCAGUCCAAAGAAAUCAUGAAAGACUUCAAGACAUCAUGUACACGAUUGCCAUAAAACAACAAGGCAGAGAGAGGAAAGAUCAUCUGUUCCAAACACAAACACAGGAACUACAAUCUAAAAGGCAUCAACUACAGAAAGAAAGGGAAGAGAUGCAGCUUUUGAUGACAACUGUUAGUAAGAUGAGAGAGUGGACUAAAGCUGCGAUGAUCACCACCCAAAAGGAAAAGCAGCAAGUGGAUUAUAGGAGGAUGCACAAGCCAGAAGAAGAAAUGCUUUCAAUCCAGAAUCUAGAACUUGAGAGAGAGAGGUCUGGGUUGACACCAAGAGAGGACAGUGGCUUGGAUGAAAGUCAAAUAACAGAACGUCAGCAAGGACAGAUCCAAUACAUCAAAGAGAAACUAAGGGAAAACAUCAAAGUGAAAAUGGUCCAGCUACAACAAAGGAUUGCAGGUGUAGAAAACAUCUCUGUUGGUUUGGGACAGAAGCUUCUUUGUCUUGUGGAACAGAAGGAAAAUGUGGCUGGUUAUAAAGAGGUAUUUGAAAGAGAAAAGAGAAUUCUGAAUCGUCUCCUUUGUGAUACACUAAAACAAAGAGAAGAUAUGGAAAACCGUUGGAAGCAAACAAUGAAUCGGGAAAAAGAAAAAGUUACUUCUCUUGAAGCAACCCUGAAAAAAGAAAAGCAGGACCUGGAACUAGAGAAAGAAAAGAUGUCGAAAGAUGAGCUGGUCUUGGAGCUGAUUAGGAAUGGCAUCCAGAAACAAAGUGAAAUAUUACAACAAGACAUUCAACAACAUGAGCAAGAGUUGGAAAGCACAAUGGUGGAACUGCACAAGAAGACAGAAGAAACCAAGAAUCUCUUUGAUGGAAUCAAAAAAGAGAAAUCUAAACUCAAAGAUCUUAACCUUUGUCUGAAAACACAAGGCGAUCAACUGAAGGUUCUCAUGAACGCAAUCAGUUCAAAACCACAAGAACAAGAAGGAAAAGGCCCAGGAAUUCUCACACAAACACAAAAUCUGGAUCUCUGUAGGAAAAAAAUACAGGAGAAAAGACAAGAGCUGGAGGUUUUGAUGAAGAAUGCUAACAGCAUGAAGGAAAAGGUUAAAGAUUCCAUGAGCAGUGUCCAUAAAGACAUAGAACAAAUGAUCUCCAUGAAGAAGAACAUUGGAAAAGACAGAGAGAAACUGUCAAGUGAGAAGAAGCGCCUGGAAAGAGAAUUGUCAGAGUGCAAAAUGAGACAAGAGGAACUCUUGGAUGUAAUGAAGUCAACAGCAAACCUAAGACUAACACUACAAGGAGUAAAAGACAAAGUGUGUGACUUGACCAAUGUUAAAAUGAGAAGAUUACACAAAGGUCAUGAAGAUGCACAGUUAUUAUGUAUUUCACUGGAGAAGAAUGUUUCAACUAUUGGUGACCAGAUGAAAACACUAACUCCUUACAAAGAGGUAGUUGAAAGAGAAAAGAUCAAUCUAACAGCCAUCAUGUCUUCCAUGAGGAAUCAAAAAGAAGUGAUGGAACAUCAAUGGAAGCAAAUGGUGGACAUGGAUAAAAAAGAUCUAAACAAAAGGAAGGAAGAACUGAAACGGGAAACACAGAAUCUGCAAAGAGUGGCUGACAAAGUAGACAAAGAAAAAGAGGCCUUGGAAGUGACGAUGUCCAACAUCCAGACAGAGCGCGCAAUACUGCAACAAGAGAAACAAGAUAUUCAAGAAGAAAGAGAGAGAAUAAACAUCACAGAGGCUGAACUAGACCAGAAGGCAGAAGAAGCCAGCAGUUGCUUGGCAGAGAUCAACAAAGAGAAAAUCAAACUAAAACAUUUGUCAGUUUCAGUCCAAAGAAAUCAUGAAAGACUUCAAGACAUCAUGUACACGAUUGCCAUAAAACAACAAGGCAGAGAGAGGAAAGAUCAUCUGUUCCAAACACAAACACAGGAACUACAAUCUAAAAGGCAUCAACUACAGAAAGAAAGGGAAGAGAUGCAGCUUUUGAUGACAACUGUUAGUAAGAUGAGAGAGUGGACUAAAGCUGCGAUGAUCACCACCCAAAAGGAAAAGCAGCAAGUGGAUUAUAGGAGGAUGCACAAGCCAGAAGAAGAAAUGCUUUCAAUCCAGAAUCUAGAACUUGAGAGAGAGAGGUCUGGGUUGACACCAAGAGAGGACAGUGGCUUGGAUGAAAGUCAAAUAACAGAACGUCAGCAAGGACAGAUCCAAUACAUCAAAGAGAAACUAAGGGAAAACAUCAAAGUGAAAAUGGUCCAGCUACAACAAAGGAUUGCAGGUGUAGAAAACCUCUCUGUUGGUUUGGGACAGAAGCUUCUUUGUCUUGUGGAACAGAAGGAAAAUGUGGCUGGUUAUAAAGAGGUAUUUGAAAGAGAAAAGAGAAUUCUGAAUCGUCUCCUUUGUGAUACACUAAAACAAAGAGAAGAUAUGGAAAACCGUUGGAAGCAAACAAUGAAUCGGGAAAAAGAAAAAGUUACUUCUCUUGAAGCAACCCUGAAAAAAGAAAAGCAGGACCUGGAACUAGAGAAAGAAAAGAUGUCGAAAGAUGAGCUGGUCUUGGAGCUGAUUAGGAAUGGCAUCCAGAAACAAAGUGAAAUAUUACAACAAGACAUUCAACAACAUGAGCAAGAGUUGGAAAGCACAAUGGUGGAACUGCACAAGAAGACAGAAGAAACCAAGAAUCUCUUUGAUGGAAUCAAAAAAGAGAAAUCUAAACUCAAAGAUCUUAACCUUUGUCUGAAAACACAAGGCGAUCAACUGAAGGUUCUCAUGAACGCAAUCAGUUCAAAACCACAAGAACAAGAAGGAAAAGGCCCAGGAAUUCUCACACAAACACAAAAUCUGGAUCUCUGUAGGAAAAACAUACAGGAGAAAAGACAAGAGCUGGAGGUUUUGAUGAAGAAUGCUAACAGCAUGAAGGAAAAGGUUAAAGAUUCCAUGAGCAGUGUCCAUAAAGACAUAGAACAAAUGAUCUCCAUGAAGAAGAACAUUGGAAAAGACAGAGAGAAACUGUCAAGUGAGAAGAAGCGCCUGGAAAGAGAAUUGUCAGAGUGCAAAAUGAGACAAGAGGAACUCUUGGAUGUAAUGAAGUCAACAGCAAACCUAAGACUAACACUACAAGGAGUAAAAGACAAAGUGUGUGACUUGACCAAUGUUAAAAUGAGAAGAUUACACAAAGGUCAUGAAGAUGCACAGUUAUUAUGUAUUUCACUGGAGAAGAAUGUUUCAACUAUUGGUGACCAGAUGAAAACACUAACUCCUUACAAAGAGGUAGUUGAAAGAGAAAAGAUCAAUCUAACAGCCAUCAUGUCUUCCAUGAGGAAUCAAAAAGAAGUGAUGGAACAUCAAUGGAAGCAAAUGGUGGACAUGGAUAAAAAAGAUCUAAACAAAAGGAAGGAAGAACUGAAACGGGAAACACAGAAUCUGCAAAGAGUGGCUGACAAAGUAGACAAAGAAAAAGAGGCCUUGGAAGUGACGAUGUCCAACAUCCAGACAGAGCGCGCAAUACUGCAACAAGAGAAACAAGAUAUUCAAGAAGAAAGAGAGAGAAUAAACAUCACAGAGGCUGAACUAGACCAGAAGGCAGAAGAAGCCAGCAGUUGCUUGGCAGAGAUCAACAAAGAGAAAAUCAAACUAAAACAUUUGUCAGUUUCAGUCCAAAGAAAUCAUGAAAGACUUCAAGACAUCAUGUACACGAUUGCCAUAAAACAACAAGGCAGAGAGAGGAAAGAUCAUCUGUUCCAAACACAAACACAGGAACUACAAUCUAAAAGGCAUCAACUACAGAAAGAAAGGGAAGAGAUGCAGCUUUUGAUGACAACUGUUAGUAAGAUGAGAGAGUGGACUAAAGCUGCGAUGAUCACCACCCAAAAGGAAAAGCAGCAAGUGGAUUAUAGGAGGAUGCACAAGCCAGAAGAAGAAAUGCUUUCAAUCCAGAAUCUAGAACUUGAGAGAGAGAGGUCUGGGUUGACACCAAGAGAGGACAGUGGCUUGGAUGAAAGUCAAAUAACAGAACGUCAGCAAGGACAGAUCCAAUACAUCAAAGAGAAACUAAGGGAAAACAUCAAAGUGAAAAUGGUCCAGCUACAACAAAGGAUUGCAGGUGUAGAAAACCUCUCUGUUGGUUUGGGACAGAAGCUUCUUUGUCUUGUGGAACAGAAGGAAAAUGUGGCUGGUUAUAAAGAGGUAUUUGAAAGAGAAAAGAGAAUUCUGAAUCGUCUCCUUUGUGAUACACUAAAACAAAGAGAAGAUAUGGAAAACCGUUGGAAGCAAACAAUGAAUCGGGAAAAAGAAAAAGUUACUUCUCUUGAAGCAACCCUGAAAAAAGAAAAGCAGGACCUGGAACUAGAGAAAGAAAAGAUGUCGAAAGAUGAGCUGGUCUUGGAGCUGAUUAGGAAUGGCAUCCAGAAACAAAGUGAAAUAUUACAACAAGACAUUCAACAACAUGAGCAAGAGUUGGAAAGCACAAUGGUGGAACUGCACAAGAAGACAGAAGAAACCAAGAAUCUCUUUGAUGGAAUCAAAAAAGAGAAAUCUAAACUCAAAGAUCUUAACCUUUGUCUGAAAACACAAGGCGAUCAACUGAAGGUUCUCAUGAACGCAAUCAGUUCAAAACCACAAGAACAAGAAGGAAAAGGCCCAGGAAUUCUCACACAAACACAAAAUCUGGAUCUCUGUAGGAAAAAAAUACAGGAGAAAAGACAAGAGCUGGAGGUUUUGAUGAAGAAUGCUAACAGCAUGAAGGAAAAGGUUAAAGAUUCCAUGAGCAGUGUCCAUAAAGACAUAGAACAAAUGAUCUCCAUGAAGAAGAACAUUGGAAAAGACAGAGAGAAACUGUCAAGUGAGAAGAAGCGCCUGGAAAGAGAAUUGUCAGAGUGCAAAAUGAGACAAGAGGAACUCUUGGAUGUAAUGAAGUCAACAGCAAACCUAAGACUAACACUACAAGGAGUAAAAGACAAAGUGUGUGACUUGACCAAUGUUAAAAUGAGAAGAUUACACAAAGGUCAUGAAGAUGCACAGUUAUUAUGUAUUUCACUGGAGAAGAAUGUUUCAACUAUUGGUGACCAGAUGAAAACACUAACUCCUUACAAAGAGGUAGUUGAAAGAGAAAAGAUCAAUCUAACAGCCAUCAUGUCUUCCAUGAGGAAUCAAAAAGAAGUGAUGGAACAUCAAUGGAAGCAAAUGGUGGACAUGGAUAAAAAAGAUCUAAACAAAAGGAAGGAAGAACUGAAACGGGAAACACAGAAUCUGCAAAGAGUGGCUGACAAAGUAGACAAAGAAAAAGAGGCCUUGGAAGUGACGAUGUCCAACAUCCAGACAGAGCGCGCAAUACUGCAACAAGAGAAACAAGAUAUUCAAGAAGAAAGAGAGAGAAUAAACAUCACAGAGGCUGAACUAGACCAGAAGGCAGAAGAAGCCAGCAGUUGCUUGGCAGAGAUCAACAAAGAGAAAAUCAAACUAAAACAUUUGUCAGUUUCAGUCCAAAGAAAUCAUGAAAGACUUCAAGACAUCAUGUACACGAUUGCCAUAAAACAACAAGGCAGAGAGAGGAAAGAUCAUCUGUUCCAAACACAAACACAGGAACUACAAUCUAAAAGGCAUCAACUACAGAAAGAAAGGGAAGAGAUGCAGCUUUUGAUGACAACUGUUAGUAAGAUGAGAGAGUGGACUAAAGCUGCGAUGAUCACCACCCAAAAGGAAAAGCAGCAAGUGGAUUAUAGGAGGAUGCACAAGCCAGAAGAAGAAAUGCUUUCAAUCCAGAAUCUAGAACUUGAGAGAGAGAGGUCUGGGUUGACACCAAGAGAGGACAGUGGCUUGGAUGAAAGUCAAAUAACAGAACGUCAGCAAGGACAGAUCCAAUACAUCAAAGAGAAACUAAGGGAAAACAUCAAAGUGAAAAUGGUCCAGCUACAACAAAGGAUUGCAGGUGUAGAAAACCUCUCUGUUGGUUUGGGACAGAAGCUUCUUUGUCUUGUGGAACAGAAGGAAAAUGUGGCUGGUUAUAAAGAGGUAUUUGAAAGAGAAAAGAGAAUUCUGAAUCGUCUCCUUUGUGAUACACUAAAACAAAGAGAAGAUAUGGAAAACCGUUGGAAGCAAACAAUGAAUCGGGAAAAAGAAAAAGUUACUUCUCUUGAAGCAACCCUGAAAAAAGAAAAGCAGGACCUGGAACUAGAGAAAGAAAAGAUGUCGAAAGAUGAGCUGGUCUUGGAGCUGAUUAGGAAUGGCAUCCAGAAACAAAGUGAAAUAUUACAACAAGACAUUCAACAACAUGAGCAAGAGUUGGAAAGCACAAUGGUGGAACUGCACAAGAAGACAGAAGAAACCAAGAAUCUCUUUGAUGGAAUCAAAAAAGAGAAAUCUAAACUCAAAGAUCUUAACCUUUGUCUGAAAACACAAGGCGAUCAACUGAAGGUUCUCAUGAACGCAAUCAGUUCAAAACCACAAGAACAAGAAGGAAAAGGCCCAGGAAUUCUCACACAAACACAAAAUCUGGAUCUCUGUAGGAAAAAAAUACAGGAGAAAAGACAAGAGCUGGAGGUUUUGAUGAAGAAUGCUAACAGCAUGAAGGAAAAGGUUAAAGAUUCCAUGAGCAGUGUCCAUAAAGACAUAGAACAAAUGAUCUCCAUGAAGAAGAACAUUGGAAAAGACAGAGAGAAACUGUCAAGUGAGAAGAAGCGCCUGGAAAGAGAAUUGUCAGAGUGCAAAAUGAGACAAGAGGAACUCUUGGAUGUAAUGAAGUCAACAGCAAACCUAAGACUAACACUACAAGGAGUAAAAGACAAAGUGUGUGACUUGACCAAUGUUAAAAUGAGAAGAUUACACAAAGGUCAUGAAGAUGCACAGUUAUUAUGUAUUUCACUGGAGAAGAAUGUUUCAACUAUUGGUGACCAGAUGAAAACACUAACUCCUUACAAAGAGGUAGUUGAAAGAGAAAAGAUCAAUCUAACAGCCAUCAUGUCUUCCAUGAGGAAUCAAAAAGAAGUGAUGGAACAUCAAUGGAAGCAAAUGGUGGACAUGGAUAAAAAAGAUCUAAACAAAAGGAAGGAAGAACUGAAACGGGAAACACAGAAUCUGCAAAGAGUGGCUGACAAAGUAGACAAAGAAAAAGAGGCCUUGGAAGUGACGAUGUCCAACAUCCAGACAGAGCGCGCAAUACUGCAACAAGAGAAACAAGAUAUUCAAGAAGAAAGAGAGAGAAUAAACAUCACAGAGGCUGAACUAGACCAGAAGGCAGAAGAAGCCAGCAGUUGCUUGGCAGAGAUCAACAAAGAGAAAAUCAAACUAAAACAUUUGUCAGUUUCAGUCCAAAGAAAUCAUGAAAGACUUCAAGACAUCAUGUACACGAUUGCCAUAAAACAACAAGGCAGAGAGAGGAAAGAUCAUCUGUUCCAAACACAAACACAGGAACUACAAUCUAAAAGGCAUCAACUACAGAAAGAAAGGGAAGAGAUGCAGCUUUUGAUGACAACUGUUAGUAAGAUGAGAGAGUGGACUAAAGCUGCGAUGAUCACCACCCAAAAGGAAAAGCAGCAAGUGGAUUAUAGGAGGAUGCACAAGCCAGAAGAAGAAAUGCUUUCAAUCCAGAAUCUAGAACUUGAGAGAGAGAGGUCUGGGUUGACACCAAGAGAGGACAGUGGCUUGGAUGAAAGUCAAAUAACAGAACGUCAGCAAGGACAGAUCCAAUACAUCAAAGAGAAACUAAGGGAAAACAUCAAAGUGAAAAUGGUCCAGCUACAACAAAGGAUUGCAGGUGUAGAAAACCUCUCUGUUGGUUUGGGACAGAAGCUUCUUUGUCUUGUGGAACAGAAGGAAAAUGUGGCUGGUUAUAAAGAGGUAUUUGAAAGAGAAAAGAGAAUUCUGAAUCGUCUCCUUUGUGAUACACUAAAACAAAGAGAAGAUAUGGAAAACCGUUGGAAGCAAACAAUGAAUCGGGAAAAAGAAAAAGUUACUUCUCUUGAAGCAACCCUGAAAAAAGAAAAGCAGGACCUGGAACUAGAGAAAGAAAAGAUGUCGAAAGAUGAGCUGGUCUUGGAGCUGAUUAGGAAUGGCAUCCAGAAACAAAGUGAAAUAUUACAACAAGACAUUCAACAACAUGAGCAAGAGUUGGAAAGCACAAUGGUGGAACUGCACAAGAAGACAGAAGAAACCAAGAAUCUCUUUGAUGGAAUCAAAAAAGAGAAAUCUAAACUCAAAGAUCUUAACCUUUGUCUGAAAACACAAGGCGAUCAACUGAAGGUUCUCAUGAACGCAAUCAGUUCAAAACCACAAGAACAAGAAGGAAAAGGCCCAGGAAUUCUCACACAAACACAAAAUCUGGAUCUCUGUAGGAAAAAAAUACAGGAGAAAAGACAAGAGCUGGAGGUUUUGAUGAAGAAUGCUAACAGCAUGAAGGAAAAGGUUAAAGAUUCCAUGAGCAGUGUCCAUAAAGACAUAGAACAAAUGAUCUCCAUGAAGAAGAACAUUGGAAAAGACAGAGAGAAACUGUCAAGUGAGAAGAAGCGCCUGGAAAGAGAAUUGUCAGAGUGCAAAAUGAGACAAGAGGAACUCUUGGAUGUAAUGAAGUCAACAGCAAACCUAAGACUAACACUACAAGGAGUAAAAGACAAAGUGUGUGACUUGACCAAUGUUAAAAUGAGAAGAUUACACAAAGGUCAUGAAGAUGCACAGUUAUUAUGUAUUUCACUGGAGAAGAAUGUUUCAACUAUUGGUGACCAGAUGAAAACACUAACUCCUUACAAAGAGGUAGUUGAAAGAGAAAAGAUCAAUCUAACAGCCAUCAUGUCUUCCAUGAGGAAUCAAAAAGAAGUGAUGGAACAUCAAUGGAAGCAAAUGGUGGACAUGGAUAAAAAAGAUCUAAACAAAAGGAAGGAAGAACUGAAACGGGAAACACAGAAUCUGCAAAGAGUGGCUGACAAAGUAGACAAAGAAAAAGAGGCCUUGGAAGUGACGAUGUCCAACAUCCAGACAGAGCGCGCAAUACUGCAACAAGAGAAACAAGAUAUUCAAGAAGAAAGAGAGAGAAUAAACAUCACAGAGGCUGAACUAGACCAGAAGGCAGAAGAAGCCAGCAGUUGCUUGGCAGAGAUCAACAAAGAGAAAAUCAAACUAAAACAUUUGUCAGUUUCAGUCCAAAGAAAUCAUGAAAGACUUCAAGACAUCAUGUACACGAUUGCCAUAAAACAACAAGGCAGAGAGAGGAAAGAUCAUCUGUUCCAAACACAAACACAGGAACUACAAUCUAAAAGGCAUCAACUACAGAAAGAAAGGGAAGAGAUGCAGCUUUUGAUGACAACUGUUAGUAAGAUGAGAGAGUGGACUAAAGCUGCGAUGAUCACCACCCAAAAGGAAAAGCAGCAAGUGGAUUAUAGGAGGAUGCACAAGCCAGAAGAAGAAAUGCUUUCAAUCCAGAAUCUAGAACUUGAGAGAGAGAGGUCUGGGUUGACACCAAGAGAGGACAGUGGCUUGGAUGAAAGUCAAAUAACAGAACGUCAGCAAGGACAGAUCCAAUACAUCAAAGAGAAACUAAGGGAAAACAUCAAAGUGAAAAUGGUCCAGCUACAACAAAGGAUUGCAGGUGUAGAAAACCUCUCUGUUGGUUUGGGACAGAAGCUUCUUUGUCUUGUGGAACAGAAGGAAAAUGUGGCUGGUUAUAAAGAGGUAUUUGAAAGAGAAAAGAGAAUUCUGAAUCGUCUCCUUUGUGAUACACUAAAACAAAGAGAAGAUAUGGAAAACCGUUGGAAGCAAACAAUGAAUCGGGAAAAAGAAAAAGUUACUUCUCUUGAAGCAACCCUGAAAAAAGAAAAGCAGGACCUGGAACUAGAGAAAGAAAAGAUGUCGAAAGAUGAGCUGGUCUUGGAGCUGAUUAGGAAUGGCAUCCAGAAACAAAGUGAAAUAUUACAACAAGACAUUCAACAACAUGAGCAAGAGUUGGAAAGCACAAUGGUGGAACUGCACAAGAAGACAGAAGAAACCAAGAAUCUCUUUGAUGGAAUCAAAAAAGAGAAAUCUAAACUCAAAGAUCUUAACCUUUGUCUGAAAACACAAGGCGAUCAACUGAAGGUUCUCAUGAACGCAAUCAGUUCAAAACCACAAGAACAAGAAGGAAAAGGCCCAGGAAUUCUCACACAAACACAAAAUCUGGAUCUCUGUAGGAAAAAAAUACAGGAGAAAAGACAAGAGCUGGAGGUUUUGAUGAAGAAUGCUAACAGCAUGAAGGAAAAGGUUAAAGAUUCCAUGAGCAGUGUCCAUAAAGACAUAGAACAAAUGAUCUCCAUGAAGAAGAACAUUGGAAAAGACAGAGAGAAACUGUCAAGUGAGAAGAAGCGCCUGGAAAGAGAAUUGUCAGAGUGCAAAAUGAGACAAGAGGAACUCUUGGAUGUAAUGAAGUCAACAGCAAACCUAAGACUAACACUACAAGGAGUAAAAGACAAAGUGUGUGACUUGACCAAUGUUAAAAUGAGAAGAUUACACAAAGGUCAUGAAGAUGCACAGUUAUUAUGUAUUUCACUGGAGAAGAAUGUUUCAACUAUUGGUGACCAGAUGAAAACACUAACUCCUUACAAAGAGGUAGUUGAAAGAGAAAAGAUCAAUCUAACAGCCAUCAUGUCUUCCAUGAGGAAUCAAAAAGAAGUGAUGGAACAUCAAUGGAAGCAAAUGGUGGACAUGGAUAAAAAAGAUCUAAACAAAAGGAAGGAAGAACUGAAACGGGAAACACAGAAUCUGCAAAGAGUGGCUGACAAAGUAGACAAAGAAAAAGAGGCCUUGGAAGUGACGAUGUCCAACAUCCAGACAGAGCGCGCAAUACUGCAACAAGAGAAACAAGAUAUUCAAGAAGAAAGAGAGAGAAUAAACAUCACAGAGGCUGAACUAGACCAGAAGGCAGAAGAAGCCAGCAGUUGCUUGGCAGAGAUCAACAAAGAGAAAAUCAAACUAAAACAUUUGUCAGUUUCAGUCCAAAGAAAUCAUGAAAGACUUCAAGACAUCAUGUACACGAUUGCCAUAAAACAACAAGGCAGAGAGAGGAAAGAUCAUCUGUUCCAAACACAAACACAGGAACUACAAUCUAAAAGGCAUCAACUACAGAAAGAAAGGGAAGAGAUGCAGCUUUUGAUGACAACUGUUAGUAAGAUGAGAGAGUGGACUAAAGCUGCGAUGAUCACCACCCAAAAGGAAAAGCAGCAAGUGGAUUAUAGGAGGAUGCACAAGCCAGAAGAAGAAAUGCUUUCAAUCCAGAAUCUAGAACUUGAGAGAGAGAGGUCUGGGUUGACACCAAGAGAGGACAGUGGCUUGGAUGAAAGUCAAAUAACAGAACGUCAGCAAGGACAGAUCCAAUACAUCAAAGAGAAACUAAGGGAAAACAUCAAAGUGAAAAUGGUCCAGCUACAACAAAGGAUUGCAGGUGUAGAAAACCUCUCUGUUGGUUUGGGACAGAAGCUUCUUUGUCUUGUGGAACAGAAGGAAAAUGUGGCUGGUUAUAAAGAGGUAUUUGAAAGAGAAAAGAGAAUUCUGAAUCGUCUCCUUUGUGAUACACUAAAACAAAGAGAAGAUAUGGAAAACCGUUGGAAGCAAACAAUGAAUCGGGAAAAAGAAAAAGUUACUUCUCUUGAAGCAACCCUGAAAAAAGAAAAGCAGGACCUGGAACUAGAGAAAGAAAAGAUGUCGAAAGAUGAGCUGGUCUUGGAGCUGAUUAGGAAUGGCAUCCAGAAACAAAGUGAAAUAUUACAACAAGACAUUCAACAACAUGAGCAAGAGUUGGAAAGCACAAUGGUGGAACUGCACAAGAAGACAGAAGAAACCAAGAAUCUCUUUGAUGGAAUCAAAAAAGAGAAAUCUAAACUCAAAGAUCUUAACCUUUGUCUGAAAACACAAGGCGAUCAACUGAAGGUUCUCAUGAACGCAAUCAGUUCAAAACCACAAGAACAAGAAGGAAAAGGCCCAGGAAUUCUCACACAAACACAAAAUCUGGAUCUCUGUAGGAAAAAAAUACAGGAGAAAAGACAAGAGCUGGAGGUUUUGAUGAAGAAUGCUAACAGCAUGAAGGAAAAGGUUAAAGAUUCCAUGAGCAGUGUCCAUAAAGACAUAGAACAAAUGAUCUCCAUGAAGAAGAACAUUGGAAAAGACAGAGAGAAACUGUCAAGUGAGAAGAAGCGCCUGGAAAGAGAAUUGUCAGAGUGCAAAAUGAGACAAGAGGAACUCUUGGAUGUAAUGAAGUCAACAGCAAACCUAAGACUAACACUACAAGGAGUAAAAGACAAAGUGUGUGACUUGACCAAUGUUAAAAUGAGAAGAUUACACAAAGGUCAUGAAGAUGCACAGUUAUUAUGUAUUUCACUGGAGAAGAAUGUUUCAACUAUUGGUGACCAGAUGAAAACACUAACUCCUUACAAAGAGGUAGUUGAAAGAGAAAAGAUCAAUCUAACAGCCAUCAUGUCUUCCAUGAGGAAUCAAAAAGAAGUGAUGGAACAUCAAUGGAAGCAAAUGGUGGACAUGGAUAAAAAAGAUCUAAACAAAAGGAAGGAAGAACUGAAACGGGAAACACAGAAUCUGCAAAGAGUGGCUGACAAAGUAGACAAAGAAAAAGAGGCCUUGGAAGUGACGAUGUCCAACAUCCAGACAGAGCGCGCAAUACUGCAACAAGAGAAACAAGAUAUUCAAGAAGAAAGAGAGAGAAUAAACAUCACAGAGGCUGAACUAGACCAGAAGGCAGAAGAAGCACCGAUGAAGAUUCAGAUUUUUUUUGCCUUCUUAGAAAGAUUAGGACAUCUUAAUCUUAUGACAGUUGAACUCUUCCAAAACAGUAUAGACUGUUUGGAAGGAAAAUGUCAAGAUCUCACCCACUUUUUUUCUUCAUUGAAAACCAUUAGAGAUGUUCAUUUGAUUAGAGACAGGAUCCGUCGUCAUUUAAACUGGAUAAAACAACAAAGACAACACUUGAACCAAACUGUAUGUGAUAAAUCAACACAAACUGUGAGUCUGAGUCAUCAGAGAUUGAAGACAUAUAAACAGAAUGUGAGUCCAUUUAAAAUAGGUACACCUGAAAUGAAGUUUCAGAAUCUUAAACCUGUUGGAACUGAGUACUACCUUAUUUCUAAGGAGGAUGAUGAUUUGAAAUCUCUGAGUAAAUAUAUAACUUUUGACAGGGAAUGGCCAGAACCAGCACUCGAAGAUAGUAGUGAUGAAGAGAACAGAAAGGAGAUUGGGACUUCUCCCAGGGUUUCAACUAGGACAGAGGACUAUACUAAACAUCGGAUAAGUAAUUCCUUACAAAGGUUCUGGAAGGACACCAGAAUGGAAUUUAAGGAGAUUAAUCUGAUGAAGCACAGAGAUCAGGAGAUUAGAAAUAAUUUGGAUAAAAGGCUAAAAGAAAUAAUUCAUUUUGGUAAAAUAACACUAAAAGAAACACUUAUGGACAAUUCAUUACCAGGAAACGGAACACACACAUCAACUCAGGGUAACUUUGACAGUUCUACCAAAUCUGCCAAUAUAAAAUAUGUUGAGCUUCAACAACUUAAGUUUCACAUGCUGAGUCAGAUUGAAAAACUUCAACUGAAAGAGAACACAAGUGAGACACUUGUUUCUUAUGAAAAAGAUAAUCAAACUUUUCAGAAGGAUAUAACCCCAGCAAAAGUGCAAGAAAUGCAAGAAAUGCAAGAGCAGGACGAAGCAAGAGGGAGAGAAAAUGAAGCAGUGACGUCAAGCAGACUCUUCUGUUUGCUACAACAUUACUGCUGUCGCUGCAGCUGUCAUUGUUGUACCUGUCGAAAGCAUGUGUGCCCAAAGAAAAAUGGAAUCAUGAAUGCCUAAAGUAUAUAAAUGUGUGCGUGUGUCUGUAUGUGGGGGUGCGCGUGUGUGUGUAAGCCAAGUAUUUCUGCUGGUAAUUUUACUCUUAGUAAAUGAAAAUGUUAAUAAAAUUGUCAUUAGCAAGACAUCUUCA